UUUUCCUUCUUCUUUUCUCUCUCUUUUCUUUUUUUUUCUUUUUUUUCCUUUUGACCACAUCUGUAUAUCUGGUCUUGUCCUUCCCAGAAAACAAUUGAGAAUUAUUGACGUCGACAUUCACCCCCGCUCUGGCUCUCGCCGGCUCUGAUUGGGUCAAUCCCCCAAUGGCUUGCAUCGCCCGAUCAAAGUCUCCACUGCCGCUUGCAGGUGGAUUGACGCCUAGACUCUUGUUCCGUGCUGCCGAAGAGAUCCGUCUUGAUCUGGCCUUUUGCUCACUGUCCCAUCGUUGACCGCCUUAUGGUUAUUGGGCUGCCUUGUCAUUUGACCAUGGUUACCCUGUUUACUAACCUACAUGCACAGGAGAGAAAAGCCAAGAGGACAUAAGUACAGUACAGUACACGACGUCCCAUGGGUAGUCCAGCCCUAGACUCAGGGCUUUCAUGUAUGUAUGUAACUUGUACCUACCCCUUCAGGCAAGUGAACGUUGCAGAGCCGGAGACGGGGAUUCCACGCUUUAUUCCUUCUCUUUCUUUGUUUGUUUCCUUUCUCUUGAGCCUCGAAUUCCCAAUUCUACGGGUCUCUGUUGGGCUGAUUUUGUUCUUUGUUGAUUGUUGUACUACCGUAAAAAAUUUAAAAAGAAAAGUACAAGUUGUAUGUAUACUCUGACCGUUGGCUUCUUUGGGCAACAUGCAUGCAGUUUAACUUCUGGGGGCUUAUACUAACUCCGUAUCACUUGUGGUAAG